AUGAGGAUCUUACCCGAACCUCGAGGUUCGGUUCCAUGCCUCCUCCUCCUCCUCCUCGUCUCUGUUCUCUUUUCAGCGACUCUCUCUCGCGCUCGUGUCGUCGAAGUUGUCGGUUACGCCGAGAGCAAGAUCAAAAACCCCCAUGCAUUCUCAGGACUCCGAGUGACGAUUGAGUGCAAGGUGAAUAAAGGCCAUUUUGUUACAAAAGGUUCCGGAAACAUUGACGAUAAAGGCAAGUUCGGUCUUAAUAUUCCUCGUGACAUUGUCUCCGACGACGGAGCUUUAAAGGAGGAGUGUUACGCUCAGCUUCACAGCGCGGCCGGAACACCUUGUCCGGCUCACGACGGGAUCGAAUCCAGCAAGAUAGUAUUUUUGUCCAAAUCAGGAGAUAAACAUGUUUUGGGUCUCAAACAAAAUCUGAAGUUUUCACCGGAACUUUGCGUUUCGAAAUUCUUUUGGCACAUGCCUAAGUUCCCGCCUUUUAAGGGCUUUGAUCAUCAUUUCCCUUUGCCUCCACCUUUCCAACUUCCACCUUUUCCUAAACCUUGCCCUCCGAAACUAAGUCCCCCCGAGGAGGUUCCUCCUCCGGUUCCGGUUUACGACCCUCCCCCAAAGGUCGAACAUCCUCCACCUGUCCCGGUUUACAAGCCACCUCCAAAGGUCGAGCAUCCUCCACCUGUCCCGGUAUACGAGCCCCCACCAAAGGUCGAGCAUCCUCCACCUGUUCCGGUAUACAAGCCGCCACCAAAGGUCGAGCAUCCUCCACCCGUCCCUGUUUACAAGCCGCCACCAAAGGUGGAGCUUCCACCCCCGGUUCCUAAGAAGCCUUGUCCGCCUAAAUCCCCGAAAAUAGACCCACCGGUUUACAAGCCACCGCCAAAGAUAGAGCACCCACCCCCGGUUCCGGUUUACAAGCCACCUCCAAAGAUAGAGCACCCACCCCCGGUUCCGGUUUACAAGCCACCUCCAAAGAUAGAGCAUCCACCUCCGGUUCCGGUAUACAAGCCACCGCUUAAAAAGCCAUGUCCGCCUAAGCCCCCAAAGAAAGUUGAUCCACCUCCGGUGCCAGUCCACAAGCCGCCGCCUAAGGUAGUCCUUCCACCGCCGGUACCAAUCCACAAGCCCCCAAAGAAGCCUUGCCCGCCGAAGAUCGAGCUUCCACCUCCGGUUCCGAUCUACAAGCCGCCGCCGAAGAUAGAACUUCCCCCACCGGUUCCAAUAUACAAGCCACCGCCGAAGAUAGAACACCCACCAAUCUACAUACCACCGGUUGUGAUCCCGAAGAAGCCGUGUCCUCCACCGGUACCAGUAUACAAACCACCGGUGGUGAUUCCGAAGAAGCCAUGUCCGCCACUUCCACCACUUCCAAAGUUCCCGCCUCUUCCUCCUAAAUACAUUCACCACCCCAAGUUCGGGAAAUGGCCUCCGUUGCCGACACACCCUUGA